AUGGCGUUGUACAAGUCACCAGCAACCACAGAUGCAUCUCAAUAUUCCAGGCAAAAUGAGAAAAACAAAGGGUUCCCCAGUUAUAGCUUAAGAACCAGGGUCUCCUUUGGCGCAACGCUUUUCUCCCUUUUAUAUAUCCUACUAUUGAAUAUCUCCACAGGUGACAGUGGUAAGAAUGGCCUCCCCCAACUGCGCCUAAAUCAUCGGCCACCAAGGUCCCUGAGUGAAGCAAUGAUGUUCGGCGUGCCAGGUAAUAUGAUGACACAAAUUCCAUGGACUCGCCGGUGCACAAAGAAAAACAAAGAACCAUUACCCAAUGAAUCAGUGGGAUAUUAUAUGGAGAAAUCAUGCCGUCAUGUGAAACUCACAGAUGAAAUGAAGGAUAAACUAAUAUCAUGUGGUCCCAAUAUAACUGAAGCAGACAUGUCCAAAAUUUAUAUUGCUCUAUACAAUCAACAUAUAUCAAAUUUCAGGCAUCUUAUUGAAUGUCUGUACACGGCAUGUGCUAUGUUAUCAGAUAAAUAUAAACGAGAUCAAAGUUAUCAAAAUAAAUGUUGGCGGCAUCAAUAUCAAAAACUUGGAAGAGAAUGUAUAAAACUAACAGAUAAUGAUGAUGAUGGACACUUAAAACUAUUUUUAAACAAAUGCACGACAUGCAAAACAAGUGAUUUCAUCGACUUUUUAAAUGAUAGUAUCAACAGGUGGAACGCCUUUAUUAAGCAACACAAAAAAACAACCUACAGCGAAUUGAAAGAAGCUUUAGAAAGUGGUAUAUUGCAGGAAAAAAAAGACAAAAAAUAA